AUCCUGAGCAGAGCUUCAUCACAUCAACAUGAGUCUAUCCAGGUGUUAUAGAUGUACUUACUUGUUCCUCUUCAUCGUGGCGGUUGCUGGAUGGCACGAUCUGGAUAACACUGAGUACGACUGCUGGCCCCUGGAAAAACCAGAUGAGUUAAACAUGAUUGACUGUGGAGGAUUAGAGAUGGCGUGGGUGUUGCGUCCUCCAGAGAGGAUUCUGAGCGGUGAGGAGUUCAACGUCAUUUAUUCAGUAACGGUUAAUGAUGAGUUUUAUCAGUGGGCCGUGGACCGUAAUCUAUUCCUUCACAGGUCAAUUAAAGAUGCCGAUGAAGCUCGACGUUUCUGUGAACAACAUGAAUGUCCCAGUAACUGGAAAGAUGCCAAUGAUGAGAACUGCUGCAUUCACCACGCUAACAUCCACUCCUGCCCUAUGGGUUACAUGAAAGAAGCAGAAGAGAGAAUCUGUGGUCCGUGGAUUCCUGAUGAUGGCAAAAUCUUCACUCACACCAUCUCAACAUCAGGCAAAAUGACCCAAACCAACUGGACUGCCAAGGUGGUUCUGGUCCAUGAGGGUCUGACGUCGCUGAUCGCACACAUUCGUGUGGGGAACAUGCAGGUGGCUCUAGAGGCCAAGAGCACUGUCCUGCCCACCAUCACGUGUGGUGAUGAUGUGUGUGAUGUAGAGGAGAGCUGCUCCACGUGUCCAGCUGACUGUGGUGAUUGUCCUCUCACUGCUUCAGUACGUGCCGCUAUAGGGUUAACUGUGACCCUCAUCAUCAUCAGCUUCGUGGUCACUGCUAUGUGGUUUAGGUAUCAAAAACAGAAGUUGUUGUGGGAUGAGAGCUGGAUCAUAGACUUCAGCCAAAUAAAACAAGACCAUGUUGCCCGGGCGAUGGGAAGUAUAAUCAGCAUUCCAGCAGUGAACGUUGACUCCAAUGCCAGCUGUGUGACGGGUCUCAGCUCCUGCACUGGCAUGGCAACCUCUAACAAACAGCUGUACACACACACUGGCAUCUAUGACGGACGAACUGUUGCCAUUAAGAUGAUAAAAACAAAGACAUUUUCUCUGUCAAAGGUCAUCAGGCAGGAAGUCAAGCAAGUCAGAGAACUCGACCAUCCGAACCUGUGCAAGUUUUUCGGAGGUUGCAUAGAGGCACCCAACAUUGCCAUAGUAACUGAAUACUGUCCCAAAGGCAGCCUGAAUGAUGUGCUGCUGAACGAAGAGAUCCCACUGAACUGGGGCUUCAGGUUCUCGUUUGCGACGGAUAUCGCACGUGGAAUGUCGUACCUGCACCAGCUGAAGUUCUGUCACAGCAAACUCACUUCCUCUAACUGUGUGAUUGACGACCGCUGGGUGUGUAAGAUCACAGAUUACGGUCUGUGUGUGUAUCGACGUGAAGAUUGUGCUGAGCCGCUCACCACAUACCAGCAGCGGCUGAAGGAAGUGUACACUCCUCCUGAAGCCCUGAACGGCAACCUGGAGCCCACACUAGCUGGAGAUGUGUUCAGUUACUCUAUCAUUCUGUUGGAGAUCGCCACAAGGAGUGAUCCAGUCCCUGUGGAGGACAAUUCAACAGACUGUGCCUGGUGUCCUCCACUUCCUGAACUGAUUACUGGGAAAGCUGAGAACACUUGUCCCUGUCCUACUGAAUAUGCAGAGCUGAUUCGUCGAUGCCGCUCACAUAACCCCGCCCACAGACCGACCUUCGAGCAAAUCAGAAAGUUUGUUCAUAGGAUCAACCCUCACAAAGUCAGUCCAGUGGAUAUGAUGAUGAGCCUGAUGGAGAAAUACAGUAAACAUCUGGAGGUUCUGGUAGCAGAGCGCACACAGGAUCUAAUGCAUGAGAAACAGAAAACUGACCGACUGCUGUACAGUAUGCUGCCAAAGCAGGUAGCUGAUGAUCUCAGACAGGGGAAACAAUCUCAGGCUCAGAGCUACGUCAGCGCUACUGUCUACUUCAGUGAUAUAGUGGGAUUCACACAGUUGUCCAGCACCAGCACUCCGUACCAGGUUGUCGACUUUCUCAAUAAACUCUAUACAGCUUUCGAUGAAAUCAUCGACAAUCAUGAUGUCUAUAAAGUGGAGACCAUCGGAGACGCCUAUAUGGUGGUGUCAGGUGUUCCCCGUGAGAACGGGAUCCUUCAUGCGUCUGAAAUUGCCAGCAUGGCUCUGGACCUGGUGUCUGUGUGCAAAACCUUCAGGAUCCCACACAAACCCCAAACACAGCUACAGAUACGUGCAGGAAUACACUCAGGCCCGGUGGUGGCUGGUGUGGUUGGGACUAAGAUGCCACGUUACUGUUUGUUUGGAGACACCGUAAACACAGCAUCACGUAUGGAGUCCACGAGUGAAGCUCUGAAGAUCCAGUGCAGCUCCAGUGCCUUCUACCUGCUGGAGGAGAUCGGCGGAUACACACUCACGUGCAGAGGAGUGCUACAGGUCAAGGGUAAAGGGGACAUGGUGACAUACUGGUUGGAGGGGAAACAGUCAGUGAACGUCAGUAAGGAGAAUAAAGAGAAUAAAGAGAGGAAGGAGAGGAAAGUGGAUGAUGGAGACAGAGAGCAGUUUAAUCUCCUCCCUGGAGUCUGCAACAACAACUACGACAACACCAACAAUGAUCUGCUUUUUGACCCCAACUAACAUACACACACACACACACACACACACACACUGUGCGACAUGCUUUGCUCAACCCUGAUGUUCAGGAAACAAACUCAGUCAUUUUCAUCCCGGCCUUUAAUCUCUUAUUAAUGUCUGUAUUUAUUUACUGAUAAACUACACUGUAGAUGUGACUGUCACACUCAACACUUAUUAUCAUGCUCUUUCUUAGCGCGAGAUGUAGCAUGUUGUUGAUCUGUAUGAAGGUUGUGUGCUCAUUUGUUUCUCUCUGUAUUGUUGUGUGUAGUUAUGUACAGCUUACCGCAAAGCUGUAGAAAAGUUUUAUACCUAGAAACACG